AUGUCUUUUCUUUCCUUGCCUCCUGAACUCAUUUGUCUUAUCGCCAGCUUGUUACCGCGGGACGAAGAUAGAUUAUCCCUCAUUAGAGACGAUAUUCAACAUUUACUGUCACGCAAUGCUGAUGCGAAUACCAAAUUCGAGUCCUUUGACAUAAAAUAUAUGGAUAUAGCCUUUGACAGCGAGACGCUCUUGCUCAUUGCCAUGGAAGCUGGUCCCACAGAGAUUGUUGAGCUGCUUCUACAACACGGAGCCAACCCAAACGACGGAAAAUUUAUGCCACCAUUGGGGCGUGCUGCUAGUCGGGGGGAUAACCACCAUACCAAGUUACUCAUUCAGAGCGGAGCUGAUGUGAAUCAAAUGGGGAUGGGUAAGAUAACACCGCUGGCCUCUGCUGUGAUCAAUAGAAUCAUGGAACGAAGUCCCAUUCAGCCCUCUCAACACAAGCAGGAGGGGUUGAAGAGCGAGACCGAGUUCGUGGCUGUGAUUCAGUUGCUGCUCGAUUCUGGCGCUGAUCCGAACCACCAGAUUUAUAGAUUCAUGCCGCUGCUCUAUUACAUGGUCUAUCUAUCUCCGUCGUUUAAUGUUACCGUAAUAAAAAUGCUGCUUGAGCAUGGAGCAGACGUGAAUUCAAAGACAUCAGAUGGAGAUACGCCUCUGCAUGCCCUUAUGCAUAGCUGCACCAAAUUACCCGAUACAAGUGUUAUCCAGCUGUUUUUGCAACAUGGUGCGAAUGUGAAUGCACAAAACCAUCGCGGCUGGACUCCUCUACAUUCUGCGGCUUUCUAUGACGCAGUAGAUUCCAAAAGCCUCGCAAAAGCAUGCGCGGGCAUAAAACUACUCCUAAUCCAUGGCGCUGAUCUCCAAUUGAGGGAUUGUUAUCUGAGCAUUCCAUUUCACAAUUUACAAAAGAAGUAUUCCCUUCAUGACAUGAUGGAACGCUAUGAUGUCAUUAAGCUUCUAUUGGAAGCUGGGCCACAAUUUUGCAAAGAUUGUGGCGCUAACAUCAUCUCUGACUUUUUAGACUGGGAAGCAAAAGGACAAAAAUGGUUUAGGAAACGCGUGAUACAAGCGAUAGAGCUAUUGAUAAAGCACGGAGCUCAAGCGGAUGAGAGAGCAGCCAAGUUCUAUACCUAG